CCUUCAUCAAGAUACAGUCGUUGAGCUUUUUCAAGACCACUCCGUCCCCUGUCUCAUCUUGUACCCGAUGCUCCGCACAAUAGACCUUUCGGAGAAGAUGCGCGACUCACUGCAGGACGCGCGGGAACGUCGCGGAACGUAGCCGCCGGGUAGGGAUGCGCCUCGCCUACCCUCAUUGAAGCGGGCGAUGGCUAUUCUGACCGAUAUUGGCGGGCUCACACGCAUCACUGGCGUACUCAUCUGCAUUACGCAGCACACCGUCUCUCCUCGAAACGUUUCCUGGCUUUCGCUGCGCCUCCUGGGUCCGCUCCGUCGAUGCGCGUAUGCAACCAUGGAACGAUUCCGAGGCUAUAUAUAAGAAGAGAGGCGCGGUAUAUAAGGACCCUCGUCGACCUUCAUCCUUCAUUAUUCAACCCAAUCUUCUACAAUGUCCCGCAUCGCCACCGUCUUCCUCGCCACCGGUGUACAGGGUACCUCAGCCGUGCAGGCCUUAAUCAAGGACGGCACCUUCAAGUCUCGCGCGGUGACGCGCAAUGCGAACUCGGAUGCGGCGCGAGCUCUUGCUGCGCUGGGUGCCGAGGUCGUGGAGGCGACUUACGAUGACAAGGAGGCCAUUAAGCGCGCUGUUACUGGCGCGGAAUGCGUGUUUCUCGUCACUAUGCCCAGCCAGGGGGGCGUGCCCGAGCUCACACAGGGUACCAACAUCAUCGACGCCAGCAAGGAGGCCGGCGUCAAGUUCAUCGCGUUCAGCACUCUGCCCAGUCUGAAGGAAAUUUCGGGUGGCAAGUACCCGCAUGCUUUGCAUUUUGAUAACAAGGCCCUGAUACAGAAGUACCUCGAGAACUCUGGCAUCGCCUGUGCAUCCAUCUGUCCCGGAGGUUUCCUCGAGAACCUAACUCGCGGCCUACUCGGCUGCCCUUUCGAAGAGAAGGAGGACAAGUACAUCUUCAACACCCGCGAGCCCGAGGGCUGCAAACUCGUCCAGACCUGGACGGGCCGCGACAUGGGGCUCGCGGUGACGGCCCUCUUCACGCAGUACGAGGCGCGCAGGGCGGAGAUCGAUCAUCAGACGUUUGUGCUGGGGUGCCAGCGCGCGACGACGGAGGAGACGGCGGCGGAGCUGGCGAAGGGCCUGGGCAAACCCGUCGAAGUUAAGCGCCUUGGGAAGAUGGGGAUUCCGCCGGUGGAUGAUAUGUGGGCCGCAACGGCCGAAUUCGACUGGUUCCCAGGCGUCGACGUCCCCGACAAGCGUCUUGAGGCGCUCGGCGUCAAGGUCGGCAGCAUCGAGGAGUUCGCCAGGACUGUGCUCAAGAACGCCCCCAAGAGCGUGACGAGCGAGGUGUUCAGGCGAUAGAUGCUAAAAUGUAUGAGAUGAUGUAUAUGCAGAUGUAUUCUCAACCUAUGCUCGUCGCAGCAAUUCAUGAGCGCAAUUCAGGUUCAUUUGCAC